GAUUACUCCGUUAUAGUUAGUACGAAUUUCUAAAAGUACGGGCUGUUCUAAUACAGGUUGUUAUAGUACGGAUAAGUAACAGAAGGAGACCAAACUACGAUUAUGCAAAUAGGACAUCUCGGUAGAAUCGGAAUCGGCUGGGGCAUUAUUACAGUACUAGGCAUCGGUGGAUUUGUAUAUUCAAAGCGCUCUGUUGAUAAAAAUCGAUAUGAGAAUAUGAAAAUUCGUGAACGAAUGAGGAAAUCUAACGUAGGCGAUUACUCCGUAGAAUCACCUCGACGAUUCGACGCUUAG